AUGGGGCUAUUGCUCCAUGCCAACGCCUUUCAGGCUAACAUCAAGUCGAUGGAUGAUAUGCGCCGACGGUUUGUUAUGCACGGCUGUCAACAGCUAGAGUUACCAUUGAAUGGAGAAAUGGACGACUAUUACUUGUUUUGCAAGGUGGAUGAGCGUGAUGGCGAGGCACGUAUUUUACUUGACCUGCCUAUGACGGAUGGUGUCUUCUACGGAGCCAUCAAAUCUAUCUCAUUCAUCAUGGGACUCUUGAAUGCCUUCUUCUUUUUUCAUCAAUUUCGUUAUGGUGCCGGCAAACUGCUGGACAAAACUGGAUGGGUCAGCGAGUCAGCGCGUAACUCGAUCAUGAAUCACGCAAAUACUUCCACCUUUGUCAAGCAUUACCGCCCACGAAAUCAUACUCAGAUGCAACAAGUGGUAUUUGGUAUGAAUGAGGAUGAGCCUUGGGAUCGGGCCUUGAACAGCAUGAACUGGAACAAGGACAAACGUCGCCCACGAUUUCUUGACGACACCGAGAAAUCUUUCGUGGAGAAUUAUUUGCAAGAUAACUAUGAGCGGAAUCCCAUCCCUGAGCUUGCUUCACAGGUCGCUCAAGCGCAAAAUUUGGUGCUUAAUACUCGGCAGAGGCUUAGAUACAAGCGCUUGGGUCAGGUACGGCAAGAGUUUGGGCCGAAACAAGCCGUCAUCGACAUUAAUGGGCAACUCGAUGGUACCAUCUUACCAGAAGAUGAUGUAGUUGAAGAAUUCCUGCCCGACGGUGAUAUGCCUGUUCUGCAGGCGACGCUCGUGGAGAAAUUAACAAUUGUGCCAACUGUGUGGACUCUUGAAGGUGAAUGGUAG